GCCAGCAUGUUCUCCUGCGUGAAGCCGUACGAGGGCCAGAGCUACUCGGCCCUGAAGCGGGCCUGCCUGCGCAGGAAGGAGCUCUUCGAGGACCCCAACUUCCCGGCCUCCGACGACUCCCUGUACUACAAGGGCGCCCCAGGGACCGCGGUCAGAUGGAAGCGGCCCAAGGACAUCUGCGAGGACCCCCGCCUCUUCGUGGACGGCAUCAGCUCCCACGACCUCCACCAGGGCCAGGUGGGCAACUGCUGGUUCGUGGCCGCCUGCUCAUCCCUGGCCUCCCGCGAGGCGCUGUGGCAAAAGGUCAUCCCGGACUGGAAAGAGCAGGAGUGGGACCCCGAGAAGCCCGAGGCCUACGCAGGCAUCUUCCACUUCCACUUCUGGCGCUUUGGGGAGUGGGUGGACGUGGUCAUCGAUGACCGGCUGCCCACAGUCAACAACCAACUCAUCUACUGCCACUCCAACUCCCGCAACGAGUUCUGGUGCGCCCUGGUGGAGAAGGCCUAUGCCAAGAUGGCAGGAUGUUACCAGGCACUGGAUGGAGGCAACACGGCAGACGCGCUGGUGGACUUCACCGGCGGCGUGUCCGAGCCCAUUGACCUGACCGAGGGGGACUUCGGCCGAGAUGAGGCCAAGAGGAACCAGCUGUUCGAGCGGGUGCUGAAGGUACACAGCCGCGGAGGCCUCAUCAGCGCCUCCAUCAAGGCAGUGACAGCAGCUGACAUGGAGGCCCGCCUGGACUGCGGGCUGGUGAAGGGCCACGCCUACGCCAUCACCGAUGUGCGCAAGGUGCGCCUGGGCCAUGGCCUGCUGGCCUUCUUCAAGUCCGAGAAGCUGGACAUGAUCCGCCUGCGCAACCCCUGGGGCGAGCGGGAGUGGAACGGGCCCUGGAGCGACACCUCAGAGGAGUGGCAGAAAGUGAGCAAGAGUGAGCGAGAGAAGAUGGGGGUGACGGUGCAGGAUGAUGGCGAGUUCUGGAUGACCUUCGAGGACUUGUGCCUCUACUUCACCGACAUCAUCAAGUGCCGCCUGAUGAACACGUCCUACUUGAGCAUCCACAAGACCUGGGAGGAGGCCCGGCUGCACGGCGCCUGGACGCAGCACGAGGACCCGCAGCGCAAUCGUAGCGGCGGCUGCAUCAACCACAAGGACACCUUCUUCCAGAACCCGCAGUACGUCUUCGAUGUCAAGAAGCCGGAAGAUGAAGUCCUGAUAAGUAUCCAGCAGCGGCCCAGGCAGUCCACCCGCCGUGGGGGCAAAGGCGAAAACCUGGCCAUCGGCUUUGACAUCUACAAGGUGGAGGAGAACCGCCAGUACCGCAUGCACAGCCUGCAGCCCCGCGUGGCCAGCUCCAUCUACAUCAACUCCCGCAGCGUCUUCCUGCGCACGGACCAGCCCGAGGGCCGCUACGUCAUCAUCCCCACCACCUUCGAGCCGGGCCACGCUGGCGACUUCCUGCUCCGAGUCUUCACGGACGUGCCCUCCAACUGCCGGGAGCUCUGCCUGGACGAGCCCCCCCGGACCUGCUGGAGCCCCCUGUGCGGCUACCCCCAGCAGGUGACCCAGGUGCAUGUCUUGGGGGCCGCUGGGCUCAAGGACUCCCCGACAGGGGCCAACUCCUAUGUGAUCAUCAAGUGUGAGGGGGACAAAGUCCGCUCGGCCGUGCAGAGAGGCACCUCGAACCCUGAGUACAACGUGAGGGGCAUCUUCUAUCGCAAGAAGCCGGGCCAGCCCAUCACUGUCCAGAUCUGGAAUCACCGUGUCCUAAAGGACGAGUUCCUGGGCCAGGUGCACCUGAAGGCCGACCCGGACGAGCUCCAGGCCCUGCAUACCCUCCACCUGCAGGACCGUAGCCGCCAGCCCAGUGACCUGCCCGGCACGGUGGCCGUGCACGUGCUCAGCAGCGCCUCCCUCACGGCCGUCUGACCGCACAGCCCGGGGACCGC